UUAGAACUGUUAGUUGGCUCUGAGUUUUUAUUUAAUAUUAGACGCGACAGUAAAAUAACCGUCUGCGACAAAAUUGAAUUAACAUUACACAAAAGAAAACGUUACCUCUAACUCGGCUGGGUAACAUAAAGAUGUUAAAUUUAACAGUGUUUCUUUACUUAACUGCAAGCCCCCUUUAAAUUCAUCGAUCUUUCGAGAGCCAGACAAAUCUUCAAGUUACCAAUGUCUUUAAUAGCCAUUGAACGGGUGUUAUGUGGCUGGCCCAAGUUUUGCCGCAAACUGACCGCCGGCUUGCGACGCGCACUGGUCAAGCAGCCCCGUAAAGGCGGAGAUGUUGGAAGACCCGGAAUGGAGCUUGGGCGCUUUUCGUGCCUUGGACUCCGUGUGAGCCUCAGCAAUGCAUCCGUCGUUUACGUUGGCCACCGACACUACUCGACGUACGAGAAGACGUCUACGCAAAUUUUAACGAAGCUCUUUCCACAAACCUCUGAGGAGUCCAACGACGAGGAGAGUCGUGCGCGGCGGAAACUUGAGGAGGAGGAGGAGCUGAAAGAAUUGGAGCGCGCAUUUAGGCGGAUGAAACUGGGCUUUGGGCUCUUCGGCAUAGGAAGCUUGUUGUUCUCGUUUUGGGCUAUAUAUUUCUAUGGAAGGCCGUCCUUGGAUGAGCACGGAAAUGAAGUAAUCGACGAAUUCAGUUGUCUGCCACGGAUGCAGCAGGUUAUGUGGCGGACAUGGAAGUCGGUGAACCGCUUUCAACGGUUUUUCAAAGAGCCGUCGAGAAAAAAGCUGCUUCCUGAUCCCCUUCAGCCCCCCUACGUGCAGCCGGCGUACACUCUGGUACUUGAGAUUAAGGAUGUGCUGGUACAUCCCGAUUGGACCUACGAAACAGGAUGGCGCUUCAAGAAGCGCCCUGGCGUUGACUUGUUUUUGAAAGAAUGUGCUAAGUACUUUGAGAUCGUUGUUUACACGGCGGAGCAAGGAGUUACUGUGUUCCCGCUGGUCGACGCACUUGAUACGAACGGCUGUAUUAUGUAUCGCCUGGUUCGCGACUCUACGCACUUUGAUGGAGGGCACCACGUGAAGAAUCUUGACAACCUCAACCGAGACCUAAAGCGAGUGGUUGUCGUGGACUGGGAUAGAAAUGCCACCAAGUUUCACCCCUCGAAUUGUUUCUCGAUCCCGCGGUGGAAUGGAAACGACAAUGACUCCACCCUCUUUGAACUUACGUCGUUUCUUAGUGUUCUAGCAACCAGUGAGAUCGACGAUGUCCGAGAUGUGCUGCACUACUACAAUCAGUUCAGUGACUCGUUAUCCCAGUUCCGAGAAAACCAGCGAAAGCUGGGUGAGCUAAUGUACGCCGAGGAGGUGGAAAAAACUAGCAAGACUAGGCCUGUUGUCAAGAACUGGACCCGUGGCUUCAUAAAUCAUUAAAAAGAUUGUGCGUUUGAUGUGCCCUUUAAAUACUGUUGAUUCACCCAAAAAUUACAUUAAAACUUAAAAAAAAAAAAUAU